UGCUAGCAGAUAGGUAGGAAGAAGGAAGGAGGGAGAUUGGAUUAAGAACUGUUUCCUAGAAAAAGCAGCAUUUUAGCCAAAUACUUUCUUUGUGUUUGGGUUUGGUGAAGCCCCAAAGCCUGCAAGAGGAGAAUGCUGGCAAAUUUGAAGUACAUUUCAGGAUUUGGAAAUGAGUUUGCCUCAGAGGAUCCACGCUGCCCAGGAGCCCUGCCAGAGGGACAGAAUAACCCUCAGGUCUGCCCAUAUAACCUGUAUGCUGAGCAGCUCUCGGGAUCAGCAUUCACUUGCCCCCGAAGCACCAAUAAAAGAAGCUGGCUGUACCGAAUUCUACCUUCCGUCAUUCACAAGCCUUUUGAAUCCAUUGAGCAAGGCCAUCUCACUCACAACUGGGAUGAAGUAGAACCAGACCCUAAUCAGCUUAGGUGGAAGCCAUUUGAGAUUCCAAAAGCAUCCCAGAAAAAAAUGGACUUUGUGAGCGGACUUCAUACCUUGUGUGGAGCUGGAGACAUCCGGUCCAACAGUGGGAUCGCCAUCCACAUUUUCAUCUGUAAUGCCUCUAUGGUUAACAAAUGUUUUUACAAUUCAGAUGGUGAUUUCUUGAUUGUUCCACAGCUUGGGAAGCUUCUCAUUUACACUGAGUUUGGCAAGAUGUUGGUGGAACCCAAUGAGAUCUGUGUCAUUCAGAGAGGAAUGAGGUUCAGUGUGGAUGUAUUUGGGGAGACCAGGGGCUACAUCCUAGAGGUCUAUGGAGUCCACUUUGAGUUGCCUGACCUGGGACCUAUUGGUGCCAAUGGGCUGGCUAACCCUCGAGAUUUCUUGGUACCUGUUGCCUGGUAUGAAGAUCGUCAGGUGCCAGGUGGUUACACAGUGAUCAAUAAGUAUCAGGGCAAGCUUUUUGCUGCCAAACAGGAUGUUUCUCCAUUCAAUGUUGUUGCAUGGCAUGGAAACUACACUCCCUAUAAAUACAAUCUGGAGAACUUUAUGGUCAUCAACAGUGUUGCCUUUGACCAUGCGGAUCCGUCCAUUUUCACUGUGUUGACGGCUAAGUCGGUGCGUCCUGGAGUGGCUAUUGCUGAUUUUGUCAUCUUUCCACCUCGCUGGGGAGUUGCUGAACACACCUUCCGACCUCCUUAUUAUCACAGGAACUGCAUGAGUGAAUUCAUGGGGUUAAUUAAAGGGCACUAUGAAGCAAAGCAAGAAGGAUUCCAGUCUGGAGGAGGCAGCCUGCAUAGUGCCAUGACACCUCAUGGCCCAGACGGGGAUUGUUUUGGGAAGGCAAGCAAGGCCAAGCUGGAGCCAGAAAGAAUUGCAGAUGGAACCAUGGCAUUUAUGUUUGAGACUUCGCUCAGUUUGGCUGUCACCAAAUGGGGUCUCAAGACAUGCAACUGUUUGGAUGGGAACUAUUACAAGUGUUGGGAAACCCUGAGGAGCCACUUCACGCCCAAGUUCAGAAACCCCACUGGACAUAAAUGAGCCUGAAGAGUUUAUGUUUAGGGCCCUUCUUGGAAAAGUCAGGGUCUCUGCAUAUAGUUGUAUAAGCCUGUAGUUGGUUAAAAUAAUUACCCAUCCUCCCAUACCCAGGUAACCCAUGAAAAUUAGUGCAAAAGUGUAUUGCAAGUGCCAUUAUAAUAAGCUUAAUUACCCAAUAAAAGCCUUCCUGCAGUGCGUGGAAAUAACAAACCUAAUGACCAGGGUGUGGACAAUCACAGGAUGGCAGGUAGUUUAGUCUGAAGAGAGAAGUAGAAAUCUAGCAGGAAUCCUUCAAGUCUGGGCCAAAGAUACAAGGCAGGGGAGUGUGGGUGUGGGUGCACAGCUAGGAGCAGUGGUACAUAAAUAUUUUGUAAGCAGUGUUUUUGGGGAGGAAUGUACCUACAACACAUUUUUAAGUUUAAUCUGAAUUAUUAACAUAUUAUCUAUUGCUUUGAAUCUAGAAAAUCAAUAAAACAAUAAAUCAA